AUGUCUGCUACUUUCACUGAUAAGGAUAACUUAUUCAUAGCAGGAAAUAAUACUUCUGAUUUAUCUUCUUCAAUUUCCUCUCCCGUUUAUGAAACAUCUUUAAAUGGUACCAAUAACGAAAUUAUAACUUUCCCAAUUUUAGAUCAACAAUAUAGAUUUUUCGAUCAAAAUAAUGACAGUAACAAUCAAAAUGAUGUCAAUAAUCAAAUUGAUAACAACGUGAUGUCUUCUUCAAUUUCAUCUCCUUAUUCAAAUGCAAGUCUCCAUAUGCUAUCUACACAAACUACAAAUCCUAUGUUGCCAAUGAAUCAUGAACCAAAUCCUAUCACUAUGCAACCUUUUAUGGCUAAUGAUCCAUUAAACUUUACAAACGCGCCAAGUCGUACGGUAUAUCUAGGAAAUAUUCCGCAGGGUUUAACCAUCAAAGAAUUAUUAGAUCAUGUACGUAGUGGGGUUGUAGAGUCCGUUAAAAUAUUACCCACUAAAUUAUGCGCCUUUAUUUCCUUUAUUGAUGAACGUGGUGCUCUUUUGUUCCAUUCUGAUGCUAUAUUGAAAAGAUUAAAUAUUCGUGGUAAAGAUAUCAAGAUCGGUUGGGGUAAAUCAAAUCAUAUUGACUCAAUAGUUGCAGCAAGAAUAACAAAUGAUGGUGCAACUAGAAAUGUUUAUAUAGGUCAACUAAAUGAUGAUCCAACGAUCACCACAGAGCAAGAACUUGAAAAAGAUAUGCAAAAAUUCGGUGAAAUUGAUUGCAUAAAAUUUUUGAGUAAUAAAGGUAUUGCAUUCGUUCAUUUUGCAUCGAUUUCUGUAGCCAUUUACGUCGUACAAAAUUUGUCAAAAUUAAAUGAAAAGUAUAAAAAUAAAAGAAUAUUUUAUGGCAAAGAUAGAUGCGCAUUCAUAACAAAGACUCAACAACAUAAUGCAGCUCAAUUUUUAGGCCUUCAACCAAAUAUGGCUAAAUUAGUAAAGUUUACCGACCACGAAUUCAUUUCAAAUGCAUUACUGCAACAAUCUGCGGCAGCCGCUGCCAUUGCAACUAGUGCUGGAGGUCCAAACAAUUUAGGUAACAGAACAAUAUAUUUAGGAAAUUUACCAAAGGGCGUUAAAAUCGAAGAAAUUUGUAACGUGGUCCGUGGUGGGCUCUUACAAAAUAUCAAAUUGUUAUCUGAUCGUUUCGCUUGUUUUAUAACUUUCAUCGAUCCCACCGCUGCUGCUCAAUUUUAUGCAAUGAGUUCCUUACACGGACUAACCAUACAAAAGAAUCGUUGUAAAGUCGGCUGGGGUAAACACUCUGGUCCAUUGUCUAACGCUUUAGCGUUAGCAAUUAGUAAUGGUGCUUCAAGAAAUAUUUACAUUGGUAAUGUAGAUUUUGAAAAAAAAAAUGAAUAUUUUAAUGAAGAACAUCUAAGAGAAAUUUUUGAAGAAUUUGGUGAAGUUGAACAAAUAAAUUUUUUGCGAGAAAAGGGCUGUUGUUUUGUUAAUUUUACAAAUAUUAAUCAUGCUAUCCUAGCCUUAGACAAAAUCAAAUCAUUACCAGAGUUUGAAGAUUUGAAGAUCAAUUUUGGUAAAGAUCGUUGUGGCAAUAUCCCACAUCAGACACGUUAA